CUAAUUUUCCUACAUACAAAGUGAGUUAGCUCCAUGCCCAAAUCUCAUGACCACACAAAAUCAGCAAACAAAAAAAAAAAAACAGAACAGAAAAAAUAGAAAAGAAACAGAAAGAAGAGCAUGCAAAGAUUAUGGCAUCAUAUCUCCAUGUCGUAACCUUCAUAGGUUUUCUCUCUCUGCUUAGAUUACUCUAUCCUCUCCUGAAAUGGUUCAUCACGAGAUUCCUCCUCACUGACCCCAGGCGACUCAAGAGUUAUGGCUCGUGGGCUAUGGUCACUGGAGCCACAGAUGGGAUCGGACGAGCCUUUGCUCACGAGCUGGCAAAACAUGGCCUUAACCUCAUCCUAGUCAGCAGAAACCCUUCGAAGCUAGCUUCUGUCUCCGAUGAUUUCAGACAAGAAUUUCCCCAAAUCAAGAUCAAGAUCAUUCCCUUUGACUUCUCCUCUGAAAGAGGAUAUGAAGCAAUCGAGGAGGGAAUCAAAGGCCUCGAAGUUGGAAUUCUGAUAAACAACGUUGGUAUAACUUAUCCACGAGCCAUGUUCUUCCACGAGGUUGACCAACUCACAUGGACCAAAAUCCUUAGGGUUAAUCUUGAAGCCACCACCUGGGUCACAAGAUCUCUCAUCGGACCAAUGCUUCACCGCCGUCGAGGAGCUAUCAUAAAUAUUAGCUCCGGCGCCGCAGUUGUUGUCCCUUCUCAUCCUCUCUAUGCCAUCUACGCCGCCACCAAAGCUUAUGUUGAUAAACUAUCAAGAUCGUUGCAUGUGGAAUAUAAGCAGUUUGGCAUCCACGUCCAAUGUCAGGUGCCGUUAUAUGUGGCAACGAGGAUGGUGUCAGAAGUAGCAGAUAUAGAUAAACCAAGCUUCUUUGUACCAUCGCCGGAAGUAUAUGCAAAAGCGGCGGUGGAGCAGAUCGGAAUUGGAUCACAAUGCUCUCCAUUUUGGGCUCAUUCCCUUCAGUGGUUUCUCGCUGGUCUUUUGCCGGAGAACCUUCUUGAUACUUGGCGUCUCUCUGUCGGUCUUCGUAGAAGAGGCUUGUCUUAGUUUGCUCGCUCUAUCAUGUUUUACGUUUUAUAAGUUAUUUUUCCGGUUACUUCCUUUUACAGCUUUCCUAUAACUUCUUUAUUAGAGGCGAAGCUUACAAUAUUUUGAAAUUUGAA